CACUGGCAGAUUGAUGAUAGCUCUGAAUUCGGAUGGAAAAAACUCAAAACGAAUACUUACCAUGUCGGAAAACUUAUCGUAACAAAGAGAGCGGGAUUCGACGAUGAUUUCGGAAACCGGGAUAUGGAAGAUAUCUCCCUCCAAUAUAAAUCUAAAGAAGGUUCAUCAGAGGAAAGGAUGUCUGUUCUGAACGCUGCUCGCCGAGGUGGUCUGACGCAUAUCUACGACAUGCCUUUCCCCGGCAAAGAAGACGUUUUCUUCUCACUUAAAGACAUCGACAAAGUUAUGAUCGGCCAACCUUUUCAAGUUAUUGUGGAAGUCGAGAACAAAAGCGAUGAAAAGAGAACUGUAACUUCAGUACUUUCAGCCAGUUCCAUCUACUAUACUGGUAUCAUUGCACGGAAAGUCAAGCGAGCGAGAGGCACAUUCACUUUGAGACCUCGACAAAAGGAGCAGCUAGGUAUUGAAGUGAGCGUAGAUGAUUACUUGGACAAAUUGGUGGACUAUGCUAUGCUCAAAAUCUAUGCCAUAUCGACUGUAAAAGAAACGCAGCAAACAUGGGCUGAAGAGGAUGACUUCCAAGUCGAGAAGCCAGGGUUAAACAUUGAGAUUGAAGGCGAUAUUAGAAUUUAUAGACGUUUCAAAGUUAGAAUUAGUUUUACCAAUCCUCUGAAACGAACCUUAGAAGACUGUGCUUUAACUAUUGAAGGACCUGGGCUGGCUGAGCCACGUAAAAGGUCUCUCAAGGACGUAGGACCGGAGAGCACCAUGACUCAUGUCGAAACAUUGGUUCCUAGAAAAGUGGGUCCAAGAAAAAUCACUGCCAUUUUCACGUCUCGCCAACUUAUAGAAAUCUUAGGAACAAAACAAAUUGUUGUGAAAGAUUAAAUAUAACUGCACUUCUUCUUAGUAGUAUGUAUUAAAGACAAGUAUUGAUGACAUAACUUCACAUUCAAAUAUGGCCCCAAGAUUCUACUUAAUUAUAUGUUUUCAUUUCAUGAGAUUAUUUUUAAUGAAAUAAAAUAGUAUUUUAUAAACUGAAAG